GACUCCAGGGAUCUGAGAGCUGCUGAAGAAUGGGAGCCAGGGCAGUGGUCGUUUCUUCUCUUAUUUGGGGGCUUCUGAGCUGCUGUUUCCUCUGCAGUGGGGCUCUGGGUAGCCAAAGGCCUUUGCGCUCUCUGCCUCCACUACCCUCCCAAGCCAAGCCAGGAUCUGGGCCCAUGUGGAUGCCCCCGAAGGGGGCUGAAGCGGCCCUGGCUUUUCUCUACUCUGGAGACAUUCAACAGCUGUCAGGAGCAAACUGCAGCGAGAAGUAUGAAGUCCGUGGGGCAGAAGGCAAAGCUGGGGUCCCCCCAGUCCUCCAGAGAGCAGCAGGCACCCUGGCCCAGGCUGCCAACUUUCUCAACAUGCUUCUACAAGCCAACGACAUCCGGGAGUCGAGCGUAGAGGAGGAUGUAGAGUGGUAUCAGGCGCUUGUUCGCAGUGUGGCAGAGGGAGACCCAAAAGCCUACCGGGCUCUGCUGACCUUUAACCCUCCUCCCGGGGCCAGCCACCUUCAGCUGGCUCUGCAGGCCACUCGGAUGGGGGGUGAGACCAUCCUUCAGGACCUGUCUGGGAGCAAGGCACAGGAAGAGAACCCAGAAGAGGAUCUGGAUCGUCCUGUCCUCCAGAAGCGAGUACUGACCAAUGACCUAGGGAGUCUUAACAGUCCCAAGUGGCCACGGGGGGACGGGUAUGUGGGGGACACACAGCAGGUGAAGCUGUCUCCGCCCUUCCUGGAAUGUCAUGAGGGUCGGCUCCGUCCUGGCUGGCUGGUCACAGUCUCGGCCAAGUUUUAUGGACUCAAGCCAGACCUCACCCCAGAGGUCAGGGGACAGGUGCAGAUGGACAUCGACCUCCAGACUGUGGACAUCAACCAGUGCGCAAGCGGCCCAGGCUGGUACUCAAACACACACCUGUGCGACCUCAACAGUACCCAGUGUGUCCCUCUGGAGAGUCAGGGUUUUGUCCUUGGCCGCUAUCUCUGCCGCUGCCGACCUGGAUUCUAUGGAGCUAGUGGUUCUGGGGGCUUAGAGGAAAGUGCAACACAGACUGCCGGGCAAUUUGAGUCCUCACAAGGCAGCUCAGGGAAGCUGCUUCGGUGCAAGCCGUGUCCUGAGGGCUGCACCAGCUGUCUGGAUGCCACACCGUGCCUGGUGGAAGAGGCCCUGGCAUUGAGGACGGCAGUGCUGGCAUGCCAGGCCUGCUGCAUGCUAGCUGUCUUCCUGAGUAUGCUGGUCGCCUACAGUUGCCGAGGGAGCAAGAGGAUCCGGGCAUCUGGAAUCGUCUUGCUGGAGACCAUCCUUUUUGGAUCCUUACUUCUCUACUUCCCGGUGUUCAUCCUGUUCUUCAAGCCCAGCGUAUUCCGCUGCGUUGCUCUCCGCUGGGUCCGGCUGCUGGGUUUUGCCGUCGUCUAUGGAACCAUUAUCCUGAAGCUUUAUAGGGUGCUCCAGCUGUUUCUGUCUCGAACUGCCCAGCGGGGGCCGCACCCAAGCAGCAGUCAGCUGCUGCGGCGUCUGGGGCAGCUCCUACUGCUGGUGUUGGGUUUCCUGGUUGUGUGGACAGCGGGCGUCCUGGAGCCAGGCAUCCAGCAUACACCUCUGGUGACUCGAGGUCACACUCCCACUGGCCGCCACUUCUACCUCUGCCACCAUGACCACUGGGACUACAUCAUGGUUGUAGCGGAAAUGCUGCUGCUUUGUUGGGGCAGCUUCCUCUGCUACGCCACCCGGGCUGUCCCCUCAGCCUUCCAUGAACCACGCUACAUGAGCAUUGCCCUGCACAAUGAGCUGCUGCUCUCUACUGCCUUCCACACUGCCAGGUUUGUGCUGGUUCCUUCCCUGCACCCAGACUGGACACUUCUCCUUUUCUUCCUCCAUACCCACAGUACGGUCACAGCCACACUGGCUCUGAUCUUCAUCCCUAAGUUCUGGAAGCCAGGGGCAUCUCCCCGGGAAGAAAUCUUGGAUGAAGUGUAUGAGGAUGAGCUGGACCUGCAACGCUCAGGCUCCUACCUCAACAGCAGCAUCGCCUCAGCCUGGAGUGAGCGCAGCCUGGAUCCAGGGGAUAUUAGGGAUGAGCUGAAGAAGCUCUACACCCAGCUAGAGAUCCGAAAGACCAAGGAGAUGGCUGCUAACAACCCCCACCUGCCCAAGAAGCGGGGCAGCUCGCGCCAGGGAUUGGGACGCUCUUUCAUGAGAUACCUGGCUGAGUUCCCAGAGGCCCUAGCUAGGCAGCACUCUCGGGACUCAAGCUCUCUAGGCCUCAGCAGCCUGCCAGGCUCUUCUCGAAGAAGGCUCCUCAGCUCCAGCCUUCAAGAAACCGAGAAGCUGCCAGCCCUCCGCAAGACCCGCAGCACAUAUGAACACCACAGGGAGCAUAAUACUCCUCCCUUAGACUCCAUGCUGAGACGGACCCUGUCCAAGAAGGCCUCACCAACAGAGAACCAAGAGUUGGUAGAGGGACCCCCAGCCCUGGGCUUCAGGUCGGCUAGCGCUCACAACCUGACAGUGGGAGAGAGACUCCCUAGAGCCAGGCCUAUCUCCCUGCAGAAGUCACUCAGUGUGGUGGCUGGCUCCAGAGAAAAGGCUCUGCUUGUGGCCAGUCAGGCCUACCUGGAGGAAACCUAUCGGCAGGCAAAAGAGAGACAGGAAAGAAAAAAGGCUGAGACAGCCAUGGUGAGCCCCGUGCGGAGGCCAUCGACCAGGAGGCUGGAAAGGCCUCUAAGGGCUCCUCUGUCAGCCCCACCUUCUCCUGCCAAGAGCAGCAGUAUGGACAGUUCUCAUACCCCUGGGAAGCCUCAUGAAGAGGCUGGGAGAAGGCUGCCUCACCCACCCAUCCGGCACCAGGUCUCCACACCCAUCUUGGCUCUUUCCGGGGCCUGUCUGGGAGAACCAAGAAUGUUGUCUCCCACCCCAGCCUCCACAUUGGCUCCUGUUCUGUUGCCAGCUCCAGCCCCACCCCCUGCCCCUGUUCUGGCACCAGUCCCAAAGCCCCCCCAAAGCUCCACCCUUCUCACUUUCAUCUGCCCCUGGGAGAAUGCAGAAUUGCCAAGCAAGAAAGAAAAUGUGGUCCAGGAAGGUCCCGCAGGGCCAGAGCAAAGCGGCCAUUCACCUGCCUCAGCUGCCUCAGCUCGUACCAAGAUCUGGAGGGCCUUGUCGGUGGCAGUGGAGAAAAGAGGGACUGGAGAGAGUGAAGCACUCACACAGGGUGGACAUGUGCAGGGAGAAGCAGACGAUACGGAUGAGGAAAAACCCAAGAUCUUCUCCAAAUCCCACAGCCUCAAGACCCCUCUCCAGCAGGGUUCCGUGCGCAGCCUGGGCCUGGCCAUCAAAGCUCUGACCCGGUCUAGGAGCACCUACAAAGAGAAGGAUGGUGGGGAGGGCACCCCUGAACCUGAGAAGGGAAAACCUAUAGAGGUGAGCGCAGGGCCUCCACCGCGAUCUCCCAGGCUAGGUCGCCCCAAAGUGAUGAGUAAACAGGCUGCCCUCGCCCCCUGUGAGGAUGAGGAGUCCCUCCAGAACCAACAGAACGCUCACACCAGCCGAAUGCUCCACGUUUGUCAAAAGGAUGCCAGCCGAGAGCAAGAAGAUAGAAACAAGAGAGCAGCCCAGGGUCCAGGGGAGGGCAAAGUUGAGAGAACCGGUAAAAUCGCCCUUGCCACACUGAGGCAAGUUUUUGGAGAGAGAAACGCUGAACAAGCGAAGGAAUCCCCUGCGGAAUACCAAGAGGUACCCAACCCUGCCCUCCAGCCCCUGGGCAGUGUGGUCGCAGAGGUGUGCCCCUGGGAAUUAACUGAAUCUGAAUCAGGAAUGGGCCUGCCAGGGAGUGUCAACAAGGCCAAAAUCUGCUCCCAGGAGGGGACCGAAGGAGGAAGUCUUGAGAAGAAGCCAUCACGACAGGUACUAAGUAGGUCCUGGGGAGAGAGAGAGAAAGUCCAAGGAGAGUCAGAGUCCGAAGGUGCCGGUGCCAUUACUCGGAAGAAGCCGGAGAGGCUGGUCCGGAGCCAGGAGGCAGUGUGUCCUUGGGAAAGCCCAGAGCCUGGAGGUCUGUCUCCUCAGUUGGUGCAUCAGGAGUCUGACAGAAGCCCGGGCAGGUCUGUGGUACUGAGCAAAGGAGAAAAGCAUCCAGAGGCUCUUCUGCCCGAUGCUGCCAAGGCAGAACUGUGCCCGUGGGAGAUGAGGGAUGUGGGGGAGGGGACAUCUGCUCAGAGGGUACAGGAACUCCCUGAAGAAAGGCAGAAAUCCCCCAAGAAGGCAACCUUCUGGAGAGAACAGAAUCUGGGCGGAGACCUGGUGUCUCUGUGUCCGUGGGAAAGUACUGAUUUUCGGGGCCCUUCAGCUGUCUCACUUCAAGCCCCAGGAAGCUCAGGGAGUUUUGGCAGUGGAAUUGCAGACGUAUGCCCAUGGGAGGCAGGAGAUAUAACUAGUGACAAGAAAGCUGAGGUCUGUCCCUGGGAGCUGGGGGAUGAGCUAGCAGGUACAGAAGCACUGAAUCAGGGAACAGAUGGAGAAUCUCUCCCAGGAAAGGAGACUCCCUCCAGAAAGGGAUGCUUGGCAGAGAUAGGGGAGCAAACUGUGAGGGCAAAGCCCACAAUCCAUCAAGGGCAGGAGUCAGUGUGCCCCUGGGAGGACGAAGCCGCUGAUCGGUCCAGCCCACAUCCAGACAACUCUUCCUCCAAGGCUGGUGAGAGAUUCUUAAGCCAUGGGGGCAGCCAGGUCCUGCAAGUGUGUCCCUGGGAAGAGGUCAAGCCAGAGGAAAAGCAAGCAACACCUUUAGCAGCGGAAAUCUGUCCCUGGGAAGUAGACGGACGAAUAGAGAACAGGACAUCCGAACACGCACCCAAAAAAGGAGACGUUCAAAAAGAUGAGGAGAAAACGCCCGGAAGAGCAAGAAUCCAAGCACAGGAAGAGGCUGAGGGGCAGAUCCAAAAGCAGGAAGCAAUCUGCUCCUGGGAGAGCAUGAACCGUGGUCGCACCCCACAAAGAGACACGGAGAAAGCCCAAACCACUCUCCAGAGGCAAGGUAGCAUGGGAGGCAAAGCUGCUGAGAUCUGCCCGUGGGACGUGGAGGAGACAGCUGAGGAGGCCAAGAUCUGUCCCUGGGAAGUAGGCACUGGGGCUGGACUGGAAAGGACUGUCGGAGCGGAAGCCUCUGGGGUCCCUCCUAAUGAUGCAGGCCAAACUUCCGAAGACUCUGGACCCAUAGCUGCUAGUGCUCCAAAGAAGGCAGACAGGCUCGGCUCGGAGAAGGAGGUGGUCUGUCCUUGGGACUCCUCUCAGCCGCUAGACACUCUGAACACUGAGAAACUAAAAGAUGAACUCCAGGAACACGUGAGCUCCAGGCCCAUAGAGGUGUGUCCCUGGGAAGCGGAGGAAGUCCCUAUCAGUGAGAAAGCCGAGAUUUGUCCCUGGGAAUUGAAUGAAGGGACCGUGGGGCAAGGACUGGAGCAAGAGACAGGGAGCAAGCCUGCACAGCAAAGGAGAAAGAAUCAAGAAAAGGCAGGACUCCCCUUCCAAGAAGAAGGUACCUCAAAGGUGGACACAAAACUCUACCAGGAACAGGAAGGGGAAGCUAUCUGUCCUUGGAAGCCACCUGGCCAGGUCUCCAAGGUCUCAGACUUGCCCCUCAGCACUGUUAGUCAGGCAGCAGAGGAACAAAAAUCCUUGGACGCAAGUGACGACAAGGCAUCAGAGAAGGGAGACCAGAGACCAGACCUGAAGACCAGUUCUCUCCUGGAAUACACAACCCAUGGAAAAGCUCCAGCUUUAAAAUCCCAGUUCUCUGUUGAUGGGGGAGGAGCAAGCUUGGAACUCCAGCCUGUCGGUCCGCCCGAAAGCGUGGUACCAGCGGGCUCUUCCUCCCAUCCACACAGCCAGUGCCCUGACCAACCUAGAGCCAGCUCCCAGACAAUGGUCAGUGCAGGGGGUGGGGCUGCUGAGGUGUGCCCAUGGGAUGCUCCUGACCUGGAUCUCUAUAAACCAGACAGUGACACCAAGGUUGAGCUCUGUCCCCAGAAGGUGACUGGGAGAAUUACAGAGACAGAGACUUCAAGACAAGAUGAAAAGGAGAAAUCUCAAGAGGAGAAAGAAAGAGCCUCUGAAAAGCGAGAUCAUGAAGGUGUAGCAGUUCAGGAAACACCACAGACCAGCAACUUUGGAAAGCAGGGAGAGCCAGGACUUUGUCCCAGCGGGAGUCAGGACUUCGGGGUGCAAGCAGCUACAGUCACAAUCCCUUCUGAUGCAAGCAAAGGUGGUCCUGAGAAAGUGUGUGCUCGGAAAGUAGAAGAGGUUCCUUUGACCAAGAAAGCUGAGAUUUGCCCCUGGGAAGCAGGUCCAGGAGCAGUCGGGGAGGGGCCACUGGACCUGGGGCAGGAUGGAGAGUCACAGGGCGCAGGGGGGGCUGAAAGACAGGUCUUAAAAGCAGCAGAGGCAGUCUUCUGCCCCUCAGAAGGCGCAGUGUCAGCAGGGCUCUUCCCCCAGGGAGAUGCUGUGGACACAGACCUCACCAAGGCUAGUCUCCAAGGAGCAAGCAGCCCAGGGAAAGGGCUAGCAGAACUAUGUGUAUGGGAAGUCACAGACCCAGAAGGAAAUAAAAUCAAGGGCACCAUGGCAGACAUCUGUCCGUGGGAGGAAACUAGAACCCAAGCUGAUGAACCUGGCCUCCUGGCUUCACCAGUAACCCAGGCAGAUGUGCCAACUGCCCCUGAGAAAUCAACCUGCCUCUCAGUACACAGACCAUCAGAGAGCUUUCUCCCAGAGAGCAAGAGUGUCCGCCCAGACGUCAGCAAGCCGCCUGGUACUCUUCCCCUGGAAGGUGUCGGAGAACAAGAACCUUUGGAACUUGAGACUGGAGCCAAAUCAGAUCCAGAGCCAAGUCCCAAAGAAGCAGAGGCUCCAGAGGCUUGGACCUUAAUUGAAGACCAAGGACAAAUGGCUUCUGAAGCGCAAGCUGGAGAACUCUGCGCUCCACCUGACUAUCCGUGGGACUGUGAAUGACAGCACCCUGGUGGGGGUCAGAACUCCUUCAGGACACUUCCCCAGUGUUCCCAAAGAGCUGACUCAAGGAUGCUAGGGUACUUCCUCCCCCUAAGAGGCCAGAUGGUAGCCCAUUCAGAAGGAACUAUAGAAAAAAUGGAAUGGCCCCCGGGGACAUUCCAUCCUCCCCACUUGUCUCUGCUUCAGGAAACAGAAACUAGACCUUCGUCUUCUCAAGAAUUUUGCCACCCAUCCAGAGUACCCUUCCAGAGUACCCUACAUGGCUGUUCAAAUCAGAAUUCUUACAAAGUUUACCCAAGGUAGCAAAACACUAGACCAUUUACGGGAGUAGCAACUGGGGACUGUGGGCAAGAGAAGGCUAGAAGGCUAUGUAGCUCAGGAUGAAAGAUGGGGCUGGAGAGAUGGCUCAGUGGUUGAGAGCCCACACUGCUCUUGCAGAGGACCCACGUUUGGAUCUCAACAGCCAAGACAAUUGGCUUAUAACCACUCACUUAUAACCAAUUUCUUCUUCUGGUCUCUGAGGGCACCUACACUAAUGUGCACAUAUUCCCACAGAGACAGACAAACACACAGACAGACACACAAAAUUAAAAUAAAUAUUUAAAAGAUGAAAGCUAAAUCAGAGGAAAACAAAGAUAAAAUGUGUCUGGAAAAGGCCCCACAGGCCUAGACCUUGCCCUUCACCACCCCUUUCCCUGACACAUGGUCCCAUGGAACACAGGCUGGUCUAAAACUCAGUAUGUAGCUAAAACUGACCUUAAUCUACUGGUCAUACUGCCUCCACUUCCUGGGUCCAGGAUCACAGGUGCACAUCACCAUGGCCAGUAGUUUACUCAGUGGUCCCAGUGCUUCCUAUACGUUAGGCAAGCACUCUGUCACCUGAACCAUAUCCCCAGCCCAGCCUUUGUCUUUCUGUGGGAACAUGUGGUCCAAGGAACUGAACCCCGGCCCUCAGGAACACUAAGCAAGCACCAUCCCACUAAACCACAUCCCCAGGUCAAGGGCCAUGCCCUUUGACUUGACUCUUCCCUUUCUGCUGUACUACUUCUCAUAUGUGCCCUGACUGUUGGCUGAAGUAGCCACAGUCAGACACUCUGACAUGUCACGGCUGGUAUCCAAAGUGACAACAGAGAACAGAGAAGAAGAGACGCUCUCCCAGGGUCUUCUCACACUCCACAAGGUGUUCUUCCUUCUCCAUGUCCCAGAAAGCCUCUUGCCAUCUUCCCGCCCCCGCGCUGGCCAUGUUCAGGGCCCACCUCACUGUCUCCCACUUCCUGUCUUUCUGUAGUCAGCAAGGGGAGCCACCUUUUUUAGUAAAUGUAACUGGCACCAAGGGGAAAUCUCUGGUUCUCAAGCAAGAACCACUCUAACUCGCUCAGAUCCCUUCCCAGAGGAGCCUGAGAAAGAAAAGAGGUCCUGUUCAGUCAGAAUCCCAACCAUAUGGGAAAGAGUAGCGCUCCCCGGGGCUGGGAAAUGCCUCUUAGCUGUCCGCUCUCAGCUUGACUCUCCUCUUCACAAUUAGUUCAGGCUACCUUGCUUAAGCAGUGUGAGAUGACGGGGUUGGUGUCCGAUGAUGUUGCCAGAUGGAAACUAAGACGGAGAAAAACUUACAUGGAGGAGGUUCCAGCUUGAGAGAGGGCGAUGGGGUGAAGACAGGCUGGCUACGGGGGGGGGUGCGGGGGGAAGCAGCUGAAUGCUCCAUUUCCAAAAGGGACCUAGUCUUGUCUAGGGGCCAGCUGCCUUCAUCCCACCCUAAGCCCGCCUACCUACCCAGAUCUCCUGCACUGGUUUCUACAGCUGUAUUGUUGUUCUGGGCUGUGGCUACUACAGUUCCUGAGCUAAGGUAGUCUUCACUAACUGCGUGACCUAGAGCAAUCCCAUGGGGUCUGUUCUAGCUGGGAAGAGCGAAGUUAUCCCCAUAGUCACUGUUCUAGUCACCCAGAAAAAUAAUAAAGAAUGCUUGUUCUCAGC